AUGGUGGUGUGGUCUGAGGGUGUCGUGAAUGGAAUCUUGGAAAGGCUCUUUUCGGACCAACGCGAGCGCCAAUGCAUCCCGAUCACAGGAAUGGGCGGGAUAGGUAAGACCACUCUUGCCAAAACUGUUUAUUCGAAGAAAAUUAUUGAGCAGCGUUUUGAUGUUUGUGCUUGGGCUACUAUUUCUCAACAAUACAACACAAGGGGAAUUCUUUGUGAACUUGUUUCUGAAGCCACUAAAAAAUGCAAGGAACAACUUAGUGAAAAGAGUGAAGAUGAACUAGGAUUAGAGCUCCACCAGUAUUUGUCAGGUAGAAGGUUUCUAGUUGUGAUGGAUGAUAUGUGGAGUAUCGAAGCAUGGGAUAGGAUGAGGUUAGAAGCUGGGAACUCUUCUCAAAAAUUGUGUUUGGGGCUGGAAGUUGCCCUCAUGAGUUAG